AGUUCAUUUCUGUCUGCCGAGGCAAUCGGACGGACGCAGCCGCGAGGCGAUCGUCUGUCAGAGCUUACUUUUAGCUUACUUUUUAAAUUUAAAUUUAAACUCAUCUUUCCGUCAUUAUUUUUUUCUUAACACGUUUGAUUAUUACAUUGAUUAAUUAUUCUUUAUAUACGUGUAUGGAGGUGAUAUUUUUAAAUCGAUAUUAUUUAUGCUGCUGCACAUCAUGGACUAAAUGGAUGUUGCAAUAAUUAUUUGAAAACGAGUGAUUUGACGGAACACUUGUGGCAGAGAUUCCUUAAGAAUGGAGGAGGGUCAUCCAUUUUCGUUAUUCUCGUCAAGAAACGUCACUUAGGGGUCGCCCCACCAUGAGAGUUUCGGGGGUGGCUGUCAUGGGUGGCGGUCGAAAUGGUCGUGGAACCUUGGUGAGAACCCUGGCCCUCGUCUUCCUGGCAACUCUUCUCUGGCUGCAAUUUCACGUGGCCAGUUUGACAAGUCGUUCCAGUUCGCCGCCGUCAGGAAACGAGAGUCUCCUAAUGCUUGUGCCUCAGGAACUGCACAGGUUUCUGAAGGACAGGCGAAACUCGACCGCCGGAUCCAAUUCGACGGCCGGAAUAUCCGGGAAUCUUACGAUAUCCGAGCUACGUCGACAGGUAGAAAAGGCUAAUCUGGAACAACGCGUUUUCAACGAGGAGGCUUUUGGUCCCCUGGCUUCCGACGCCCCAGUAAUUGUCAUUCAGGUUCACGCCAGACUCACUUACUUGAGGCACUUGAUCGUCUCCCUGGCACAAGCUAAGGGGAUCGAACAAACGCUCCUCAUUUUUAGUCACGACGUAUGGGAUCCGGACAUCAAUUUUCUCGUGCAGAGCGUCGAUUUCUGCAGAGUUAUGCAGAUCUUUUAUCCCUACAGCAUACAGACUCAUCCCCACACAUUUCCUGGCGAGGAUCCCAACGAUUGUCCACGUAACAUUAAGAGGGAAAGCGCUCUGGUGAAGAAAUGCAUAAACGCGGAGCAUCCCGACCUCUACGGACAUUACAGGGAGGCGAAAUUUACCCAAACUAAACACCACUGGUGGUGGAAGGCGAAUCGAGUAUUCGACCAGUUAACCGUAACGAAAAACCACGUUGGGAUGGUUUUGUUCCUUGAGGAGGAUCACUACGUCGCCGAAGACUUUUUGCACGUACUCAGACUGAUGGAACGUACAUGUAAGCACAGCUGUGAACGUUGCAACAUUUUGUCGCUGGGAACGUACCUUAAAACUUACAACUAUUACGCGGACAACAAAAAGUUUCUCGGUGUCAAUGGUGUACUGCAAAAGGAAAUGCUUCGCGGAUUAAAGAGACACAAUGGAAUCAUUCAGGGUGGCUUUUCCACCUAUCAAGGUGCUCAAUUGGUACAAGCUGCUGCCCCUGCUUGGGCAUUCCAGCUUUUGCCCAACCUCUACAACCAUUAUCAGAAGGCAGAGGUAACACCGUGGAUUUCUAGUAAACAUAAUAUGGGUAUGGCGUUCAAUCGUAUUACUUGGAACAAACUGAGAGACUGUGCUUCCAAAUUCUGCUCUUACGACGACUAUAACUGGGACUGGAGCCUUCAGCAUAUCGCUCAAGGAUGCAUCCCAUCAAGUCAAGGCUCCGGUGGCUUAUCUCACAUCCAAUCUGGCCUAAUCGCCAUGGUGAUGAAAGCACCUAGAAUUUUUCACAUCGGGGAAUGUGGGGUUCAUCACAAGAAAAAUAAUUGUGAACCCACGGCGGUUAUUGAAAAGGUACAAAAUGUACUAAAGACUGCUAAAAAACAUUUGUUUCCGUCUCAACUGACACUGACAAAUGCGGCUGUGGCUAAAAAGACAAAGUUGAGAAAAGGGAACGGUGGCUGGGGGGACAUAAGGGACCAUCAACUAUGUUUGAACAUCACACUGAAUCCUGAAUUGAGAUUACCUUGAUUGUUGAUGAAGUAUGAGAACCGACCCUGUCAGUGAGAAAUUUUUAUAGUUGAAUGCGUCAAGAUUUCAUAAAUCAUCGGCUGCUCAACUGCAACUCGUUCAUGUACAGAAGCAUAUUGUGUAUAAAAUUGCUUAGAUACAGCAAAUCAACGAACUAAGUACUACGUAUGAGAAGUGCGUUGAAUUUAACUACGUGUAAAAACAUACAGAUGACACCCUGUUGUGAAAAUACUAUCGUAUUAUCGAGAAUGUAGUUUUGCUUUGGACUUAUUCUACCAUAGAUGUUAAAACAGCAUUAAAUAACAUCUGAAACAAGGCGAUUACAAAAGAGACAAAAAAAAGAAAAUUUGUAUAGUAGUCAUUUCGACUGUAAUGAAAUUGUACGCUAGGUAUACGUUUGGACAUUUGAUAUAAUAAUACAAAGAGAUUUGCAAGUAGUUGCGUGCUGAGCCUAAUGUAGUUACGACGAAUUAAUCUCUAGAAGUAAUCGCUGGGCGAUUACAAAGGGAAUGCUAAGAGCCAAAGGAAAGACAUAUUUGCCACUUAAGAUUACCUAGAGAAAACCAAUUAAUAUACGUUACAAAUAUGUAAUAUAAUCAAUUACAUGCUCAAGAUAGUGUUAUAAUCAUCGUUACUAUUAUAUUUAUAUCAUCAUCGUCAUCAUCUUCAUCAUUUUGUUACUUUUUCAUCAUGCAGCAAGAUUAAUCUUCUUUCUAGAUAACAAUAAAUAAUUGAAUUAUUCAGAUCUGCCGAGUUGUAAAAGCUUACGGAUAUCAGUUACUUCCAAGGACUUCGAUAUGCUUGUAUUGUUACGUUAAUUACUUAACAGCAUUCGUAGAUGUCGGUACAAAUUGAGUUUAUACUUGCAUGUACUUAUUAAGCAAAUGUAGUGGUGUAUUUUUUCAACAAUUGCUACUACUUGUAAACACAUAGCGAAAUAUACGCAGACGGUUUCAGAUUUCUGACAGUUACACACUAUCCCAGAAACGGAAUCAGGCUCUAAUUCAGUUAAAGAUUAUAUCUAAGACGAUGAAACAGAAGAUCUUAUUAUGUUAACAUUUUUCUAAAGUGUGUAGAUUCGUCAUCCAUGAAAAAGCUGAAAUUCGAUACAUUAAGCUUUUAUCGAUGGAUACCUAUACCUGUUCCCCAAUGUUGAAUAUAAUUCGUUUCAGCGAGUAUACUACUUUAUACAAAGGAGAAAAUGUAGUAAAAGAAGAAAACUGGCCAACGCUAGUCAUUAGACGUAAAAAACUGGCUUUUCAUCGUGUUAACAUUACUAAUUCUCAUGAUGCAUCGGAAAAUUGUAAAUCAUAAAGCUUGUUAAACCGGAUUGAUAUGUAUUUAAAAAGCUGUCAACUUUACUCGUGAUCGUUGAAAAAUUAUGAAAACGAGAAUAUUAGUAUUCUUUUUUAUGUUACACAUCUAUCAAUGUCAGUCAGAAAUCAAAAAAUGGGACACUACUCUUAAUACGUGGUUGCUACGUCAAUGAAGACGGUACUUUUCAGUUCGCAUUACAUGGUGUUCUAAUUAUUUGUAUUUUUUUCUACCGAUCUGAGAUAUUAACUGAUCUGAUAUAUUAAUAAUACAGACUUAUUAAUUACACGUUUGAAUUUUUCGAGUGAGGAUAUACGUACAGCCCUUAUCCUUCUACGAAAAUAAUGCCUAAUGAAAUUUCUUAUUUGAUGAAAAGUUUUUUCAUUUCUUAUUUAGUUGUUUUUUUUUUUUUUUUUUUUAUUUUAUACUCAUGACAAUAUUGUAAACUAUGCUGAUUACUCGAAAACGCACACUGUACUCUAGUCACUAUAUGAAAUGUAAUGUAAUGAUAUUUGAUAUUGAAAUAUAAUAACUUGCUAAGCUUGUAACAGGUACUUCUAACUACACACAUUAAUUUACAGUUGUACAAUCAGAUAUUAUAUAGCGUCAAAAAUAAAAAAAUUAACAUUCAAUAAAUAUUUCGGUUUCAACGAAAUUAAGUUCAACGAAGCUAUAAGCAAGUCAGGUACUAUGUUUCGAAUGCAACUUGAUCAUAAUACAAGACAAAUUCUGAGACAUUUGAAUGAAUAACGACGAAACUCUUUACCUUACUGUGUGUUCAAAUAUACAUAUAUUAAUAUAUUGAAUUGAAAUAAAUUAGCUUUUAACAUACAGCUUACUUUAUACAGCUAACCAAUUUGAAACCGUUCAAUUCAGUUGAGAAAAAUAUAUUAUAUGAGUUUCGAAUAGGUAAAUAUGCGUGCAUACUUGCUGUCAUCGACAGUUAAUAAUUUGCAUGAAACCUACAAACAAUUAGACUUGUGGGACAUAUACUUUGGAGUGCGAGGGUGUAAAAAAGAGAGAAAAAAUAGCACUGCUGCUAUACUGUUGAGAAUUUUGAGUUCUGUAAUGUAAAUAAACAAUUUUAUCAAAGAUAUUGAAAUCGUAUCGAACAAUAGCUUAUAACACCAAAAUUAUAAAUUUUUUUUCAAAGGGAAAUCAUAUCAUCAUUACCAGGCUAUGUCCCUAUAACAUUCUUGUGACGGUUGUUACAAUGUUAAUACUUUUAAGAACGUCAUUUGAUUUUUAUCUAUUAAUCAAAGUAAACUUUUGACGAGGUAGAUUCAAUUGACUUGAAUAUCUGUGUGACGAAGAAUAGCUGCUGCCGACUUUGUCCGCAUUUGAAGUUUCCAACUGAGUUCGAAAAUUGUUUGAGAUAAAUUUAAAUACCUACAUAGCUAUAAGCCUAAAUAAUUUUUUGUCACCAAAGAUAUAUUAUGCAUAUAUCCUCGAUACAUGCAUUGCAUUGUUAUGUAAUGACAGCUACCUGAAUUGGUGUGUAAGUGCAUCCAGUUGAAUUUAUGUGGCAUAAUGUACAUUUCUUAAUCCUAUGAGGAUUAUUAUAUCUAUAAUUCAUAAAUCGUUAUUUCAUUAUCAUCAUCCUAGUGUUUGUGCUGGUUGGAGUUGCAAAUCGGGAUAAUGAGUGUUUUAUAUUGAAAUAAAAUGAAUGUUCCAUAAAGAACAAUUUGCAAU